AGCAGAAGUUUAGGUAUCCUUGACUUUAUAUAGUGCAGGCAAAAGCAUAGUUAUGUAUAUAGUGUGUAACUUGAUAUGUGUAACGACAUCGACUGUGUUCAACUCCUUCCAAGUCGACGAAAGCAAACCCUACCUUAGAACUUAGAGUGAGGUGAGUCAGAAACGCGCAAUGCUUUGCCUAUGAGUUUAUAUUACAAAUAAAUAUUUUUGUUUGUGUUCGCAAAACGAAGACAUUUAUGUAUAAUAAAAUAUUAACUAUCUGCGUAACACAAACAAAUCAUGAGAAUUCACCGAACUAUGGGAAUAUUUCAGGAGUUGGCACUGAACAAGGAGUCGUAUAAUGGAUUUAUAGCCUAACUUUGGCUAUGGCUCUGUUAGGUUUUAUUCCAGAUAGCGUGUCAUUAUAUUUGACUGAUAAAACAGGAUUACUCGGUGUUCCAGAGAAUGUUAAUAAACGGAACUAAUGAUCGUUGAUAUAGCAAAGCUGUUGUGAUAUAAUGGUGUCAUUUUGUAUCGUUAAAAGGUACUUUAUAAUUCAUAAAAUAUGUUCAAAUCUAUCGUUGGCCGAAUAUAUUUAAAAUAACAUCAAAGUUUAUACAUUGAUUACCUUUCCAUUUCAUUUUUGAAUAUUAUAGUUAUUUUUAUAUGACAGAAAUCUAGAUAAUAUGAGGGUACUUUAUCGGUACAUAGCCAUUAUUAUAUUUUUCGCCAUAUCAGUCAUAUAUUAUUUUCAACAACAUCAAAAUAGGAACAGUGAGCGUUCGAAAAAUAAAACAUUAAAUGAAGUCGACUUGUAUGGACAUCCUAUUCAAUUUAAGCCCGGGAAAUCACGAUCGAGGGUGAUAUUUUACAACCGAAUUGGGAAAUGCGGAAGUCGCUCAAUAUUAAAUCUCGCAAGAAGACUUUCUGAUAAAUAUAAAUAUACCUUCUUGGAAUCGCCUGAUUUCGAACAUGAUCAUCCUGCUCAUGACGAAAUGAUGGAAGAACUGGAAAAAAUUUCAAAACUCCAGCCUCCUAUUUUUUACAAUCGACAUAUUCAUUUUUUAGACUUCGAGAAAUAUCACCACUUGCAGCCCAUUUACAUCAACGUUAUUCGAGAUCCAAUUGACAGAUUUGUUUCACACUAUAAUUAUAUUAAAUACGGGGACGGUGAAGCAAUGGUUAAAAACCCAAGAGAUGACUUACCACACAUCAACGAUUGUGUCUUGAAAAAAAUUGAUUUAUGCAACACAAAUUUUUUGUAUUAUGUGGGACAGUACUUCUGCGGCUUUGAUGAAAUAUGCAAUCACCCAUCACAAGAGAGCGCUGACCUCGCAAAACGUCAUAUUAAUCAGAACUAUGUUCUUAUUGGUUUACUCGAGGACUUUGAAAAUACCUUGCUUCUUCUGCAAAGAUUGCUUCCAGAGUAUUUUUUAGAUGCAGUAAGUCAAUGGAAAAAAAAUAGCAGAACGUCAACAAUAACGAAGACAAAGAAGCAUGAAGUUUUAAGCGAUGAAGCAAUAAAAAUAUUGAAAUCCAAGUACAUGAAAUAUGAAUAUGAAGUUUAUAAUUAUGCCAAAAAGAAAUUUGAAGAAUUGAAAGUUAAAUAUGGAAUUUACGACAAAGAGAAAACAUGAUUAUACGUAUAUUAUUUUCAAAAACUUAUUUCAACGUGUUUCAUUUUACGAAAUGCGUAAUUAUUUUAUAUAUAUAUUAUAGAUUUAUUUCUGAUGCCAUUUCACUCGCCAUACUGCCAUGAAGUGAUGAUAUACGAUCAAGGGUCAACUGAUCCCAGCCCAACUUGAUAAAGACUUCAAGAUGAUUUAAAAUCCAGUAGCAUUUGCAGCAAAUAGCAAUACGAUAACUUCGUGGAAACUGUUACUUAUUUUCACUAAAGUUUUGCUAAUUAUUUACAAUUAUUAUAUUACAUCACAUGUGGGUUAAAGGAGAAUACAUGUAAAUUGCAGCAGA